AGCUUCGUCCAGAUGGGGCAAUCUCGAGUCCAUUAUGCGGACAAGACUAGUGUUAUUAACUUCUAGAGGUUUUACUUACAGUUUAAGUACGUUUUGUCUUUGUUUCUGAUCCGAACAAGUGAAUUAUUUGAAGAUUUUGUCCGCAAACUAUUCAGUCUUGCAAAGACGAGUCUAUAAUAACAAAGAAACCGGAUAUCUUAGUUGGGGUCUUGAAUCUUUUUUUAGUAUCCUACAAACUGGCAAUGGAAGAUUCGGACACCAGAGCAAUUCUUCCCGAAGAUACUCUAUCGUCUGUAGACGACGAAAUACGGAUAAAUGACACAUUUUGUAAUAACGAGGAGGUUGAGAAUAAGGGACACGUUUGCUAUAGACGGCCGCCGUUCGCUUGCCCGCUUUCGGUUUCUGUUGAACCCGUAUUGUUCUUAUCGAUGUUCUCGCUGUCUCUUCAGUGGCCGCUGUCUACGCAGUACCUAUGGGACCGCAUCAGUGAAGACGUAGGUUACAACGGAACAAAAGGAGGGGGGUGUGCCAACACUUCUGGGCCCCCAGACCCACUUCAAAAGGAGGUAGAGACCCUGACAGCCCACUGGAACCUGUACAUCAACUUGGGAGGAUUUGCAGUGGGGCUGUUUGUGGUGACUCUGCUUGGCUCCUGGAGUGACCAGGGGGGCCGGCGGCCCGUGCUCAUCCUGCCCAGCCUGGGUCUGGCCCUGCAGGCUGGGGUCUACCUGCUGGUCAUGUACCUCAAGCUGCCCGUGGCCUGGUUCCUCCUGGGCAGGCUGCUCUCGGGCCUCUCAGGCGACUUCAACACCAUCCUGGCAGGCUGCUUUGCCUAUGUGGCUGACACCAGCGACAGGGGCUCCCGGACCUUCAGGGUGGCAGUGCUGGAGGCCUGUCUGGGACUGGCGGGCAUGCUGGCCAGUAUCAUAGGGGGGCAGUGGCGUCGGGCACAAGGGUACAUUAACCCAUUCUGGCUGGUGCUGGCCACUAACCUGGCUGCUGCCCUCUAUGCCUACCUGUUUGUACCCGAGUCCGUCACCCCUGACCCCAGUGCCAAACUCUUUACCACCCGUCACCACCGCGCCGUCUACCACCUCUACUCUGCACUAGGCGACCCCACCGAGGCCGGCAGUUACACAAAAUGGAGGAGGUACAAACUGUGGCUCUACAUCUUCUGCUUCUUCCUGGUGGUGACGGUCCACUUUGGCAGCCGCGAGCUGUUUGUUCUAUAUGAGCUGAGCUCUCCGCUGUGCUGGGGCCCAGGGCUGAUUGGCUGGGGGUCUGCAGCUCAGAACCUGGCCUACCUCAGCAGCCUUCUGGGGUUGAGGACCUUGCAGCGAUGCCUAGAGGACUCCUGGGUGUCUCUGGUGGGACUGGCCUCAAACAUGACCGGCCUGGUGGUCAUCUCACUGGCCAACACUACUGAACUCAUGUUCACAGGCUAUGGGCUGUGCUUCCUCUACAUGGCAGCCACUCCAGUCCUCAGGGCCAAGCUGUCCAAGCUGGUGGGGCCUGAAGAACAAGGUGCGUUGUUUGCGUCGGUGGCCUGUGUGGAGGGGCUGUGUUCCCUGGUGGCCAGCAGCCUCUUUAACUCUCUCUACCCAGCCACCCUGCACAUCAUGAAGGGAUUCCCCUUCCUGUUCGGAGCCCUCCUCCUCCUCAUCCCCACAGGGAUCAUUGGGAUAGUUGAGUGUCGGGAUCAGAGGACAGACAGAAGAGAAGACUCUGCAACAUCCUGACACUGACAGACAGACAGACAGACAGACAGACAGACAGACAGACAGACAGACAGACAGACGGGCAGUAGAUAAACUUCCUCACAUCACAGCUUGAGCCUGGAAGGCCACAGCCUCUGCUGCCCUACAUACACCUUUUUACCAGUGUGCUGGAGAGGUAGCUGACUGUCAUUAGACCACACAGAGUUUGGAUUCCGUGGCUUCAACACCAAAAGACCAAGACCAAAAAGCUGAAAUCACCAGCCAACCCACCAUAUCAGACAUCACUGUGCACUACGUCAUCUGAGACUAGAAGAGAAAGAGGUCUGAGUUCUCUGUUGUAUUUUAAACUGAAAACCUAAUGUGAGCUGACAUACAAUUGUGGUCAAAUAAUACCCACAGUACUAUAUCAAACUAUCCAAGGACAGGCAGAAAAUACAUGACUCAGAAAAUAUGAAAUUCAAUAACAGUGCAUCUCAAUGUCACCAUAGCAUGCGAGCAGCAGAUAGAUCGACUUUAGCCCAACUUGUCCAGACUCAACCAUUAGUAUCUCUGAACAAAACGAGACCCAUCCGCUUCUAGCAGCAGUCAGGGAGUACUGAGUUACACUGCUUACAGUUUACUGUCAUCCCUCCAUUCAACAGAUAACCCAGUCUAACCCCUUAAGUGCCCUAACACAGCAACCCUGUCACCCCUCCAUACUAUACAAUAGAUAGGCAAGUAAGUGUGUGUGUGUGUGCCAGUGUGCCAAUAGAUGGCCUAGUCUAAACUCCCUGCUCCCUAAAGUGUUCUCACAUAGCAACACAUGAUAACCCCCCAGCACAAGGCCACAGCUAGCUCACACACACCACACACACUGUCCUGGGUUCAACCCUGCGUAGCACAGGGGGCAACCAGAUAUCUUAUAACACAUUUAAAAGGAUGCAACAGAAACUGAGGGGUUGCGGUCAGGGGGAGAGUUGAAGCAUUAAUUUCACUCAGUAUUUGGGUGAUAUAUUUUGAUUUGCUGUUAGGGAGAAGUAAGGCCUGUGAUAUGCCUACUGGCUUUCUGUCUUCUGUUAGGGAGAAGUAAGGCCUGUGAUAUGCCUACUGGCUUUCUGUCUUCUGAAGUCAUGUAACCAAUGUGUUCAAUGCACUGACUGGAAGUUGCUUUGGAUAAGAGUUUCUGCUCAGUAUUGUGAAUUGAUUUUAAUGUAUGCACCGUACAGUAUUACUGAUUUUUAAAUACUGUGAAUGAUAUUUAUCAUCUUUAGAAAAUGGUACGAAUGAAUGAUUGAAUCAUGCUACUGAUAUAUUUGACACUUAAAGUUAAGUGGCUUCUUAUGAAAUAUUAUUGCCUCAUAAAACAUUCAUAGCAUCUUGUAGAUGCUGAUGUGGAAAGCCAAUUAUAUAUUUGAUAACAUUUAACUGGCUUCUUAUGAAAUGUUAUUGCCUUGUAAAACAUUUAUAGCACCUUGUAGAUGCAGACGUGGAACAUAUGAAACUCUACAAUAAAGCAAGCCACAAAAGGU